CCUCGAAACUUUUCCUUUGUAGAUUGUAACCCUCUAAUAUACCCAUAAAUUUUCUCAUUACCCAAAAAAACCAAAUCAAGCUAACAAACAAUGGAGAAAACUUCAUCACCAUUACUACUAUUUCAUCAUCAUCUUCUUCUUUUUCUUGUUCUUCUUCUUCCUAUUUCAUCAUGGGCAGCCAUAGAUUCAACAACCAACUAUCAAACCUUCAUUAAAUGCCUAUCAAACCACUCAACUCCACAACACCAAAUCUCCUCCAUAGUCUACACUUCCUCCAACCCAUCUUAUCCAACCGUCCUCCAAUCCUACAUCCGCAACCGCCGCUUCAACACCUCCUCCACCCCAAAACCGCUCCUCAUCAUCACCCCCCUCCUCCACUCCCACGUCCAGGCCGCAGUCCUCUGCUCCAAACUCACCAAAAUCCAACUCAAAAUCCGCAGUGGCGGCCACGAUUUCGAUGGCAUCUCCUACACCUCCUCCGCCGCUGCCCCCUUCAUCGUCCUCGACAUGUUCAACCUCCGUUCCAUCAACCUCGACACCACCACCAACACCGCCUGGGUCGAAUCCGGAGCCACACUCGGCGAACUCUACUUCAAAAUCGCAUCCACCAGCAAAACCCACGGUUUCCCCGCCGGAGUUUGCCCCACCGUCGGCAUCGGCGGACACAUCGGCGGCGGCGGCUACGGCAACAUGUUGAGAAAGUAUGGCUUGUCGAUCGAUAAUGUUGUUGAUUGUCUAAUCGUUGAUGUUAAUGGCCGGGUUUUGGAUCGGAAAGCCAUGGGUGAGGACUUGUUUUGGGCGGUGACUGGCGGCGGCGCCGCUAGCUUCGCUGUGGUUCUGUCGUAUAAAAUUAGGCUUGUUCCGGUGCCGGAAACUGUAACGGUUUUUCGGGUUGAGAAAACGUUGGAUCAGAAUGCAACAGAGCUUGUUCAUCGAUGGCAAUUCGUUGCAGACAAGAUCGAUAAUGGGUUGUUCAUGAGGGUUCUGAUACAACCAAUUAGUAGUAGAACACAAAAGGGUGUGAAGACGAUUCGAGCAACAUUCAUUUCAAUGUUUCUUGGUAAUUCAAAACAACUCAUGACAGUGAUGAACAGAGACUUUCCUGAACUGGGUUUGCAAAAACUGGAUUGUAUGGAAAUGAGUUGGAUUCAAUCUGUGCUUUACUGGGCAAAUUUCGACCCAAAGACAUCCCCAAAUGUCCUGCUCGAUCGAACCUACGCUGCUGAUUUUCAGAAGAGAAAAUCAGAUUAUGUUCAAACUCCGAUUUCCAAAACUGGGUUAGAAUCGAUUUGGAAAAAGAUGAUCGAAUUGGGAAAAACUGGAUUCGUCUUCAACCCAUAUGGAGGGCGAAUGAGUGAAAUUCCGGCGGCGGCGACACCGUUCCCCCACCGUGCCGGAAACAUAUUCAAAAUCCAGUACUCAGUGAGUUGGGAAGAUGAAGGGGUUGAAGCAUACAAGAACUAUAUGAGUCAAAUCAGAGAGUUACACAGUUUCAUGACUCCAUUUGUGUCGAAGUCCCCUAGAGAAGCAUUUCUAUGCUACAGAGAUCUUGAUAUUGGAAUCACACACAAUGGGAAGGACAGUUACAAUGAAGGUAAAGUCUAUGGGUUGAUGUAUUUUAAGGGUAAUUUUGAUCGGUUGGUGAGAGUGAAGACCAUGGUUGAUCCACAGAAUUUAUUCAGAAAUGAACAGAGCAUUCCUCCAUUUCCAGCUAAGAGUAGGAUCUACAGAAGAAAGUAGAUAUGGAGACAAGAGCUUGGUGUGUUACAAGUUUGUUGUUAAUUGCUUUGCAUUUGGUUAUAAUGGUAGGCAUAUUAAAUUUUUUACGAAAUAAA